UUCUAGUUAUAGUACUAGUACUAUAAUAAAAUAAUCCUCCAUCACUUUUCUCUCUCUCUCUCCUCCAUCUUCCUUUCUUAAAACUCUCCUUCAUUUCUAGACCUUCCAUUAUUCAAUUCUGGCAACUUAUUUUUCCUCUAUCAUUUUCAUAGUUGUAAAAUCUUGAUCCAUAAAAAAGAGAGGCUAUAAUUUCAAUUUCAAAUGAAGAUACAGUGUGAUGUAUGUAACAAAAAUGAAGCCACGGUUUAUUGUAUAGCAGAUGAGGCUGCACUUUGUGAAUCUUGUGACCAUCGUGUCCAUCAUGUCAACAAACUUGCUAGCAAACAUCAACGUUUCUCUCUUCUUCAACCUAAUCCUAAACAAGUCCCUCUAUGUGACAUUUGUCAGGAAAGGAGGGGUUUCUUGUUUUGUCAACAAGACAGGGCUAUUCUAUGUAGAGAGUGUGAUAUUCCAAUACACAAAGCAAAUGAACACACUCAGAAACACAACAGAUACCUUCUUACUGGUGUUAAACUCUCAGCAAACUCUGCUCUCUAUUCUUCUCCUUCACCAUCACCAUCAGCAAUUUCCUCAGCCGAUUCGUCUGUUUCAAAUUUCAAAUCUCAGAACCCCACAAGUAAACUUGUAGUUCCUUCUGUUUCCUCCACAAUCACUAGCAACAAGGCAGCAGCAACAGCAACUGUGGAACCAGUGCAAGUUGUUAAAGAGAAAGUUGGUGGAUGUAAUAAUGGGCAAGUGAUGAAUGUUGGAGGAAAUAGCUUAACAAGUAGUAUAUCAGAGUACUUAGAGAUGUUGCCUGGUUGGCAUGUUGAAGAUUUUCUUGAUUGUUCCAUUCCUAAUGGUUUCUCCAAGAAUAUAGGUGAUGAGGAUAUGUUGUCAUUUUGGGACACCGAUCUUGAGAAUCAAUUGAGUUCUUUCCCCCCACAAAAUUUUGGUCUUUGGGUCCCUCAAGCCCCUCCUCCACAGUCAAAGCAACAAAUUCAGACUAAAUUUUCUCCUCCUCAAAUUUUGAACUUUGGUGGGCAAAUUGGACUAAAGGACUCAAGAGAAAUUAAUAACAUCAAGUCCAGCAGAAAGUAUAGAGAUGACAAUUCAUUUGCUGUCCCACAAAUCAGCCCACCUUCCACUUCUUUCAAGAGAUCAAGAACUCUUUGGUAGAAAACUCCGACAAUCUGCUAUGUAUCGUUCCAAUUUUAUCGAAUGGUUAUAUACAAGGCUACAAUAAUCUUUUUUGUUUUUAACUUGUUCAUCAGCAUUUUUUUUUUCUUGAUUCAGUUUGAGCCUCAAAAAAAUGAUUAUGGCCCUUGUACUUCUUGCUCCAAUACAAUUGGCUUUGUUGUAGUUCUUGAAAUCUCUUUUGGUGUACCUCGUACUAGCUAGUGUAAGGAUCUUUUUUGUUGCUGUAAAUAUCUGUUUUUGUGAGUCC